AUGGGGCCGUCCAUCGGUCGUUGUUGGGAGGCGCUUGUAAAGAUAGAACAAGGGUUUUGCGAGUGGGGGCCUAGCAUGGUGUGCGAGAGAGGCUUGGCUAAGGGCCUCGAUGUGAAGCAAGAUGACUAUAGCAUGUGGGCUACAAGCAUGGCAUGCGAGGCCGAGGCACUAGCGGGCAUGCACACUAGGCUAGGCGAGGCAAACAUGCACGUUAAGGCUGGUGUAGUGGCACACACAAGAGACGAAGAGUGUUGUUGGCGUGCGAGUGCGCUAGGUCACGUGGGAGGUGAUUUGUGGCUAGGUUAUACACACGUUAUGAGACUAGCCGUUGGGUAUGGUUGGGAGGUGUACAUGAAAAUGGAUUAG